AUGGCCGAUCCGCUCUCUAUCGCAUCUGGAGUUGCCGGAUUGCUGUCAUUUGGUAUCCAAGUUACCCAAACUCUAGUCGAUUUUUACUCCGCAUACAAGAAUCAGACUCCUGAUCUCGCUAAGAUCACGCUGAAUCUUCAGAACCUUCUCAGUAUCCUUCAAUCCCUUGAUAGUGCACGACAAAGUGGCCAACCCCAGACGGAUGCCUUACUCCAAGAGAUCGACAAGGCGGCAGUGGGAUGCCGUGAGAUCAUUGAGGAACUGAGCGACGAGUGCCAAAAGUUCCAAAAGGAUACCGCUCUAAGUCUGAAGGACCGAAUUCAAGUUGCUGGACGCCGGGCGACUUAUCCAUUUAGGAAAAGUACUCUACAAAAACUUGAAGAGGACAUCGGCGAGAUACGGGAAAACUUGUCUCUUGCAUUAAACAUACUACAAGUUAGAAACCAGGCUGGGCUUGAAGAUGGAAUAUCCGAGCUCAAGAUACUUGUUGAACGGACAAAUACGAUGCACAUAUCUGCUACGAUUCGUGAUUGGCUUAUGGCCCCAGAUGCGACCUUGAAUCAUAAUGUCGCAUGUGAGAAACGCCAUAGCACUACAGGACUAUGGCUCGUCAACGGCCAGCAAUUUCAAAACUGGCUGGUGGAGCACAAUUCAUUUCUCUGGAUUAAUGGCUUCGCUGGGUGUGGCAAGUCUGUUCUAUGCUCGACGGCGAUUGAACGUACAUUCCGUGAGCGGCAGCAUCAGCCUAGUAUAGGAAUCGGAUUUUUCUACUUUUCCUUUACGGACGAGUCUAAGAAAGAUGCUUCCGGCAUGUUACGUGCAUUGUUAUUGCAGCUGUCGGCUCAACUUGAAGGGGGCGAAAAAGAUCUCCAAGAACUAUACACAUUGUAUAACUCGGGUACUCCGCCGGUGGACGUUCUACUUAACUCCCUUCGACAGACCAUUUGCAAGUUCAGCAAUACCUACAUUUUGUUGGACGCAUUAGAUGAGAGCCCGCGAUACGAUAAAAGAGAGGGCGUUUUAGGUGCCGUAAAGAAAAUCCGGCAGUGGGACCUGUCCACUCUCCACCUCCUAGUCACUAGCCGCAACGAACUUGACAUCCGCGAUGCUCUGGAAACUCCCUCUUACCAGGAUAUCCCAAUGAGAAAUCCGGAGACAGAUACAGACAUUCAAAACUUCAUUUCCUACCAGCUCAGCAUGGACCCCAAGCUCCAACGAUGGAAAUCACGCCAUGAUGAGAUUCAAGAAAAACUGAUGGACAAGGCACAUGGAGUAUUCAGAUAUGUCGAAUGUCAACUCCUUGCGCUAAGGCGCGUCCGGAUCCGAAAUGAGCUCGAUAAAUGUUUAGCUUCGUUGCCCCGUGAUUUAGAUGAGACAUAUGAGCGAAUGCUGUGUGGCAUCGACGAGGAAUACAUCGAGGAAGCACGGCUGAUAUUGACUUUACUUUGUGUGUCUAACCAGCCACUCACUGUGAAGGAACUUGUCGGCGCCCUGGCCAUUGAUCUUGGCAAGUCAAGCAUAGAUCGUGAGGGUCGAUCAUUCAGCGAAGAUGAUCCUAUAGACAUUUGUCUCGGUCUGAUAGAGAUCACAGUGGAUGAAGAAAUCCAUGAAGAACCGACUACGAUUGCUCGUAUAGCGCACUUCUCUGUGCAGGAGUAUCUUGAAUCGGACAGGAUUUCCCAACAAAGCGCAGCGAAAUUCAGGAUUCAAAAUGAACAGGCCCACUCAGAAAUGGCUCAAAUUUGCUUAGUUUACCUCCUGGAUCCAACGCUCUCGAAUGGAGAAUUGGAUGAAGCAAAGCUGGAAAUUUUUCCUUUUGCUCAUUUUGCUGCUACGUAUUGGUUUUUCUUUUACAGAAAUUCCGGGAAAAAGAAGUCCGACGUUGAAGGCCUAAUUUUAAGGCUAUUCAAGGACGAGAGAGGGUCCUUUCUGACAUGGGUACGGCUGCGCAACGUGGCUUUUGGGUGGUAUGCUCGAAUCGACUUUACCCUUGCUAUUGAAGAUGUCCCGUCGCCUUUAUACUACGCAAUCCUUUUGGGGUUUGAGCACAUCCUAAGUCUACUCAUAGCGAGCUUAGGGGAGGAGAAAAAAUUAAACGUCGCCAUCAAUAAGCAGGCUGGAUUCUUGGGAAACGCGCUCCAGGUCGCAUCAUCCGGAAUCACUACCGACGGCAUGCUAGAUCAAUACGAUUAUAACGCGGUGAAUGAGAGGAAGGUACAGAAUGAGAAGGCGGUACAGACCCUACUAUAUCAUGGCGCCGACGUCAAUAUCCAAGGGGGCCAUUUUGGUACCGCACUCCAAGCUGCAUCAUGCGAAGGCUAUGAGAAGGUGGUGCAGAUCCUGCUAGACCAAGGCGCUGAUACCAAUGCUCAAGGGGGUAGAUAUAGCAACGCGCUCCAGGCCGCCGCGCAGGGAGGCCAUGAGAAGGUGGUACAGAUCCUGCUAGAUCAAGGUGCCGAUAUCAAUGCUGAGGGGUAUCCAUAUAGCAACGCGCUCCAGGCCGCCGCGCAGGGAGGCCAUGAGAAGGUGGUACAGAUCCUGCUAGAUCAAGGUGCCGAUAUCAGUGCUGAGGGGUAUCCACAUGGCAACGCGCUCCAGGCCGCAGCACAGGGAGGUUAUGAGAAGGUGGUACAGAUCCUGCUAGAUCAAGGUGCCGAUAUCAAUGCCCGAGGGGAUCUAUUUUGCGACAUGUUCAAAGCCAUCUCACAGGGAGGGGAUCUAUAUCGCAACGCCCUCCAGGCUGCAGCACAGGGAGGCCAUGAGAAGUUGGUGCAGAUGCUGCUAGAUCAAGGUGCUGAGAUCAAUGCCCAAGGGGGUCGAUGUUGCACCGCACUCCAAGCUGCAUCAUCUGGUGGCCAUGAGAAAGUGGUGCAGAUCCUGCUAGAUCAAGGUGCCGAUAUCAAUAUCCAAGGGGGCACAUAUGGCAACGCGCUCCAGGCUGCAUCAUCUGGUGGCUAUGAGGAACUGGUGCAGAUGCUGCUAGAUCAAGGUGCCGAUAUCAAUGCCCAAGGGGGUCAUUUUGGUGCCGCACUCCAUGCUGCAUCAUUUGAAGGCCAUGAGAAGGUUGUGCAGAUGCUGCUAGAUCAUGGUGCCAAUGUAAAUGCCAUAGGAGGUGAAUAUGAUAAUACUGCGCUCUAUGGAGCAUCAAUUGGUGGCUAUGAGAAUCUUGUGCAGAUGCUGCUAGAUCAAGGUGCCGAUAUCGAUGCCCAAGGGGGUAUGCGUGGCAACGCGCUCCAGGCCGCCGCGCACGGAGGCCAUGAGAAGGUUGUGCAGAUGCUUCUAGAUCGUGGUGCCAAUAUCAAUGACCAAGGGGGUAUACAAGGCAAUGCGCUUCAUAUCGCAUUAAUACAAGACCAUGAGAAGGUGGUGCAGAUCCUGCUGGAUAACGGUGCUGAACCUGAACCGGAACUAAUUAUCUGA